GAUGUUGCUCGGUGCUGCCGAGAGGAAAAUCGAGAGUUGUGGGUGACGUAUUGUCCUCCAGCCAGGUCGGAACAGCCACAGCACCAAGAAGUUGCAGUACCAUUGUCGACAGGGUAUGUGCCCUCUCCACUGCCGCGGCUUGCGCUGGUCCUCGGGACCGAGACUGAUGGCAUUUCUGCAGCAAUGCUGGAGCAGUCGUUCCGUGCUGUAUACCUGCCAAUGUAUGGCUUUGUGCAGUCGCUGAAUGUUGCUGUUGCCUGCGGCAUGCUACUCCAACGCCUUUUUGACCUGUGCCCUGAAGCGAGAGGGGUGUUGCUGGCUACUCUUGGAACCGAAUUCUAG